CCAGCUCGCAGCCAGAGUCCCUCACACUCAAAUCAAGGGUAGGAGCCCGAGCGCAGAGGAUUGCGCUGCGGCAGCAAAGAUAUUAUUAUCGUUCAAAGAAACAUAAAGGGAAGUAAUGGCUGCAAGUUCGUGCGGCUUCAACCUGCUGUUGGCUACCGACUCAUACAAGGUGACUCAUUUCAAACAAUAUCCACCAAACACCACUAAACUCUACUCUUAUUUUGAAUGUCGUAACAGAAAAGAUGAAUUUAAAGAAACUGUAUUCUUUGGCUUACAGUAUAUUUUAAAGAAAUAUCUAUCAGGUCCAGUGGUGACAGAGGAAAAGAUCCAACAGGCCAAACAGAUCUAUGAAUUGCAUCUCAAGCUACCUAUCUUUGAGGAAGGUUGGAGAUACAUUUUAAAGAAACACAAUGGCCACCUACCAAUCCAGAUUAAAGCUGUUCCUGAAGGAAGCAUCAUUCCUCGUGGAAAUGUCCUCUUUACAGUUGAGAACACGGAUCCCAAAUGCUUUUGGCUGACGAGCUACAUUGAGACAAUACUGGUCCAGAUCUGGUAUCCUAUCACUGUUGCUACCAUAUCCAGGAAAUUUAAGAAGACUCUAGCGUCAUAUUUAAUGUCGACGUCUGGAAGUUUGGAAGGUUUAGAGUUCAAACUGCACGACUUUGGUUACAGAGGCGUGUCCUCUCAGGAGUCUGCAGCUCUGGGAGGUGCAGCCCAUUUGAUAAAUUUCCACAGUACAGACACAGUGGCAGGACUUAUCAUGGCUAAAGAAUAUUACAGCUGCCCUAUGGCUGGAUUUUCAAUUCCAGCAGCAGAACACAGUACUAUCAUCUCUUGGGGAAGGGAUGGCGAAAAGAAAGCAUUUGAGAAUUUGCUGGAUCAGUUCCCCACAACUCCUAUUUCAAUUGUCAGCGACAGUUACGAUGUUUUCCAUGCUUGCAAACAAAUUUGGGGACAUGACCUGAAGCAUCAAGUUCAGCAAAGGACCAAGGACACAAUGCUGGUUAUAAGACCUGAUUCAGGGGAUCCUGCAAAGACAGUUAUUCAGAUCUUGAGGAUUCUGGAAGAAGUAUUUGGAAGUACUGUCAACUGUAAAUUCUAUAAACUGCUGCCUUCUUACAUUCGACUCAUUCAAGGAGAUGGAAUAGAUCUACAUUCUGUAGGAGAGAUUCUGAAAAAACUAAAAGAUGAGAUGUGGAGUACAGAAAAUGUUAGUUUUGGAUGUGGUGGAGCCCUUCUUCAAAAGCUUAACAGGGACACCCUGAAUUGCUCCUUCAAAUGCAGUUACAUUGAACAGGAUGGAAAAGGGUUGGAUGUCUAUAAACAGCCUGUGACAGAUCCUUCCAAAAAUUCGAAGAAGGGCCAGUUGUCCCUGAGAAGAAAUUCUGAUGGAAACAUUGAAACCAUAGAAUCUGGGCAGGGGCAACCUGAGGAGGACCUUUUGGUUACAGUUUUCAAAGAUGGAAAAAUCCUGAAGGAAUACACAUUUGAAGAGGUCCGAGAAAAUGCCAAGCUGCAAGAGGUUGAACCAUUAGCCUUUAUGAGGAAUGGAAAAGACCUGAUGAAUGGAGGUUGUUAAAAUACAUGCAAGCAAAUACAGCAGGAUAAGCACUGACGCAGCUAGGCACUUAUUCAGUGGCAUUAGCGAGCACUCAGCCCUGGAAACCUGCAACCAGCAGAGGCUAGUGUUAAAAGGCAGGGACCAACCAAACAGAAAAAUAACCAGAUAUUUAAAACGAGUAAACCAGAAAUGUCAAUUGUAAGAUUAAAAAAAUCAGAGUAAAAUUACAAUGACAAUGACAGCAAUCUUUGGAAUUGCCAUGUGUGGGUGAGAUGUGUGGAAAUCUCAGUUUGGUUUGGAUACUCAAGCAUGAUGAUGGGUUUCUACAGGUGUCAGAUACCUAGCUGUCCCAAUUUUUUAAUUACAUUUCUUAAAUCGUUUAGACAGUUAAGAUAAUAUUUGUAGUUAAUAUUCAGUUUUUAUGCCCAAAUAUUAUCAAUGUUUUAGAGAUUGCUACUUUAAAUACACUAUGUGGAAUUCAUCUCCCUUAGUGUGCCAGGCACAAUGAUAAAUAUGAAUAUUGUGAACACAACAUGUUUUAUAGCUAAAUAAUUGUAUCUUAAACAGUUUGAGUGAUUAGAGAAAACUACAAUUUGCAUUCCAGUGAUGCACCAAAACAGUCAGUAAUUGAUUUUAUCUUUUUGGGGCUGAAUUUAAAAUGUGUUACCUUUCACUUUUUAUUUAUAGAGGAUACUUUUCUCCCAAGUAUUCUGCUUGCUGAACAUGUUUUCAACCCAUGCAAUCUGGAUACUAGUUCAGUGAUGCCUUUGCUCCAUGCUGUUAAUACAGAGUAUUAACUCUUCAAAAGAUGUUUGUUUGUCUACUGCACCAGUAUUUAUUUUCCCUCCUGACCAAAUAAAUACCAAGUGAGAGUUGUCUAAAGUGUAUUUUUGUGAGAGUUGUGAAAGACUGAGUUUUGCUGCUUAUUAGGUCCUGUAAUUGGCUAAUUUCUCCCACCUGUAACAUUCUCUUUCUAAUAGGUUGCAAUAUCAAGUUGGGCAGCAUUCUCAAAAUACAUUUCAGGAUUGUUGCAGACAUAAAGUUGCAUGUUGAUCAGUUGGAGAACAUGAUCAAUAGAUCUUGCAUUGUGAACACUUUCCUCCCUCUCCCUGAACACCAUUCUUCCCUUUUUGUUUUACAACGCUUGAGCUUCAGCUUCGCUCAAUCCUGUUGACGUGCAGUGUUGAGGUCUAAAUGCAGAAUCAGUCUAGAUCGGGAGGAGGUUGAGAUGGAUAGUACAGUGUGUCCUGGGGUUAUUUCUGUUGGUAAUGACUAAUGAGCACAUUAGUCUUGCCUUUAUCGUUAAUGCACAAUAUUAUAUUAUUGCAAUGCCAGUGGAUGAAGUCACUAACUGCAAAUUAUCUAUUUCCAGGAAAAUGGAUAAACGUUCAAUCUUUCAACUUGCAACAUAAAUCUGUUAUGAUUUGUUGGGGGGAGGGGGAGCACUGCCGAUCAUUUUCUUUACUUUUACUUUAAUCACAAUGUUCAAUAGUUUGAUGGUCACAAUUCAGCCCCAAAAAGAUAAAAUCAAUUACGUCUGACUGGUUUGGUGCAUCACUGGAAUGCAAAUUGUAGUUUUUCCUAAUCACUCAGAUACAGUUCUGCAUGGUUUUGAAAAUAUCACCAGUCUGUCAAAAUAACAACUCUUGAGAAAAGUGGACCUUGUGGACAUUUGAAGAUAAAUUGCAAAUACCUCAAAAUGUAAUUGGAAAUAAGCUCUCAAAUAUUGUCAGGCCCCUAUCUCAAAUGAGGUAUUAAUGGCAAUUGAACAAUAACGUAUUUCUAAAAGUUCUGGAGUGAUAUUUGAAGUUCAUUUUUCUAACUUUAAAUGUAGUCCAAAUAGAAGCACAAGCGUAAGCCGCUGAAAGAUUAAAGUAUUACGCAGACCAAAGAAGCAUCUCAGGAAUCUUGACUGAAAUUUGCUGCUGGUUAAAUCACGGCCCCUCUUGGAUAUAAAUAGCAGGCUGCCCUUUAGGGUGUUUAUCAGUCAUGCAUAGCUGGAAGGGCUUGUGAAAUUUUGAGUGCUUUGCAGCAGUCUCUCAUGGCAUCCAGUUAAAGAGAAUAGUGCCUACAACAUGUUUUUAAAAGUUUUGUUUUAAAUAAAUGUUUGCAUACCAAGCUGAUGAGAAUACAUCAGUCUGCAGGUUCCUUGGUAGUAGUGUGGUGGAUGAAUACAAUGUUUUAGUCUUAUUGGAACAAAACUGAUGUGAACUGAUGUUUUAAUAGAAUGGGCAAAAGUUUCUGUAAAGUUUUGUCACGUAAGUCAAACAUUCAUAGUACUGAAUUUAUUCCCGCUAGCUACUUAUUAAAUACAUUCACAAUCCAUCUUUCAAAUGUCAGAAGCUUGUAAAUUACAAUCUAUUUACAAGUUUUACUCUGCAUAUUAAUAACCUCAAUGGACAGUUGGACCAGUUGAACCUUUGCAAGAGUUAAGCAAACACAAUGUUUCAUUGCCGCACUUCAAUUGUUCCUGAAACUUUGUUUGACAAGCUACAAACAAGAGUGAUAUUGAAUUGAUUGGGAAAAUAAUUAAUAAACUAGAUUUUAUAAAAUGUUUGAGUGUCCAUGAUGUUUAAAAAAAUGUGAAGAUUGAACAUUCAACCAUAUGUGCAUUUAAGAAACCUGUUACUGUGCCACAUGAUCAAUAAAAUGAUUCUCAAAUUAUGAAGAGGAAAACAAGUUGUAAACUGGGGAUGUUUAAACUGCUGUUGAUAAGGAUAGAGCAAUAACUUGUAUUCCAAGAGCACUUACUUAGGAUGGAAUAAAUUUUAUCUACGGAAACGACA